GUGGUGUCUGACGGGUCUACUUUAUCACACUCCAGGUGGUAUUGAAUUGAGAUAUUGAUGACAUGCUUCGGCAGUGUCGCGAGAUCUAGACGACUCGACCUGAUUUUCUCUGUUUGGGACAAGACGUGCGCAUGUUGGAAGAACCGCACGUGCUUUCUCGGAUGAGUUGAUGAUUGGCGCAUGUCGUAAGGCUGUUCAAUGCCUUAAACCUCUUGCUCCGUUAGGGCACUGUGGCUUCUCCCACAUGUAAUGUACUCGUCCGACAAUCUCCGCCCUCGCAUGUGAUCAGACGUUCGAGUUCGCGAGGAUUCUCCGUCUCAUCUCAGGCGUGACAUUCCCGGUCUGAGCAAGAUGUCGCUUCAGAAGCAGCUGGGUGACUACAAGCGUGAGCUCGCUGAUACCGCAGCUCGCAAUUCCGCCUUCACUCGUCCCCAGGCAGCUGCAGCCAACCCACCAAAGCGCGCUCAUGGUGCCGCCUUCUCGAGCAGUCAAAGCACGACCGCGACACCCGCCGCCGCCGCAGCAACUGCGCCGGCCGUCGCGCCUGGAGGCCACAGUGAACUGCUCACGCAAGUGAUCUACGCCAUCGACUAUAUAAAGACGAAGACGGGAUCGUUGGUACCCUUCGAUGACAUCACGAACUACCUCUCAUUACCGGUGGACGCCCGCAAGAACUUUAUACCUAACAUUCAGAAGGCUCUCGCGGCCAACGAGCGCGUCACAUUCAUCCCAAAGUCUCAAAGCGAAAAUGGCAAGGACAGUUUCAAGUACAGGCCACCACACCCGGUAACCGAUGGCGAUGAGCUGAAGAUCUAUCUCGCACGGCAACCGACGUCUCAGGGAAUCUCGGUGAAGGAAUUGAAAGAUGGGUGGCCGGACUGCAUAUCUGCCAUUGAUGCAUUAGAGAAGGAGGGACACGUGCUGGUCAUUCGCAACAAGAAGGAUAACACGCCCAAAAUGGUCUGGUUCGAUUCGCCGACGUUCCAUGUCAAAAUCGAUUCGGAUUUCGCGGAUUUCUGGAACAAGACCAAGUUGCCUUCGACGGAGGCUGAGAUCCGAAGCGAGCUGGAGAAUGCGGGCCUCACAUCUACCAGUCAGGUCAAGGAGGUGAAGAUGAUGAACAUGAAGAAGGACCGAAAGCGUGCAGCACGACGCGGGGGCAAGACCACGAAUCAUCACAUGACUGGCAUCCUCAAGGAUUACUCCAAGCGAUGAUUCAUGUUCGUUUUUUGGAGUGUUUAGUUUGAUUUAUCUCGACAGUUUUUUAAGCGUGGUGUUGGGGCUUUGAUUUCACUGGGGCUGACCUGAUGUACAAAAAAUUGACUGUUCUAUUCGAGACAAGGAUCGAAUUGAAUAGGGGACACAAGUUCGAGCAUAGACUGCAAUUGUUAUUACUACUUAUGUUCCUCGCGGAUUGUAUCCAAAUCCACGUUGACCUCAAUAUAGCCGGACCACUGCCCCAUCAUCUCA